CUGCUGUCGAGAAUUGACUACAUAGAGAGUCUUAGAGACACUGUGUCGUAUCGCUAAUUGUAGCCCGAAAUGGAAAACAGUCUUUGUUUGUUCCUAUUGAAGUCAGGCGCCGAAGCCAAUGAUGAAGAGAAGCUUUUCCCAACGCUGAACACGACGACGACGACAAUCACUAAGGCCAGCAAGACUGACGCGUUGUAGCACACUUAUUGCGUCGCUCGUUGUGGUCGACAAUCUUUCACGACGAGGACGCCCUCUCAAAAUGUCUGGCAAAGCGCCACCGAAGGGCCCAAGAGCACUGCGAGGAGGUCCGCCUCCGCCGCCUUCAAGCAUCGCGGGUCCGAGCUCCACUGCUUCGGGACCUUCUCUAGCGGCCCACCCAACGAAGAAGAUACCUACAGGACCGCGGAGCCUUGUAAAUGGUAAUGCAGCUCACGCGGGUCGCAUAUCGAAGCCACCCUACAGGAAUGGGACGCCAGAGGCAAGAGGGACGGGUAUUAAUGGUGGAAUAAAUGGAGUGGGAACGAAGAGCGCGCAUUCUUCGACAUCAUCGACGAAUGCUGAUACAUGGAUCCCCAAUGGCGCUGUGAAUGGUGUAAAGACAGUGAAUAGUCCGCCGGUACCAGGUAUUUUGGGUUCUAAUCGGGCUGCAAUCUCUUUCUCAAUGCCGCGGAGGCCAUCUGGUAGUGGUCCCCCACCGCCCAAUCAUCCGCCACCACCGCCACCCCAGCCGACGAAAUCACCACCCCCGCCGCCUCCACCCAGUUCAACUCCGCCUCCUCCGCCUCCACCGGCAACUCCCCCGCCACCCCCGCCGAGUAUAGAUCCACCUCCGCCGCCCCCGCCGAACGAGUCAGCACCUCCGCCGCCUCCUCCCGAAGUUCCCCCGCCUCCUUCGGCAGUGCCACCUCCUCCUACAUCAACUCCCCCUCCGAAAACCAUCCCAUCCUCAGAAAAUAUUGCAUCAUCAUCCUCACAUGUACCUCCGCCUCCCUCCUCAGUUAGGCGGCCCCCUUCUCCCCCAACGGCCCGGCCCGUCUCACCCGUUCCACCAUCUCCAUCUCCGCCACACGUUCCUCAUUUUACGCCAAUAACGCUUCCUCAACGCGUAGCAAGUCCGUCACCCCAACCCCCUUCCGACAUCUUAUCCCCCUCUUCGCCACGUGAAGUUACCCCUCCUCCCCCCCUACCUUCACCUCCACCUCCACCUCCCACGCGACGACGUCCUGCUCCUCCGGUAUUAUAUUCCUUGCCUCCUUUACCCAGCUGGCCACCUCAUAAGUCAGAAUAUCCGUCAGUACGUUCAUACAAGGUCCUACACGAUCCAUCCAUACACAAGCUACCCUUUCCCUCCAAUGUUAAUGAUUUAGUGGGAUAUUCAAGUGAUGGCCCUCCAGCCGCGCCGGGAGCCAGUUCAAGUACUGCAUUAACACCUCCAUAUUUUCAGCAUCUCGUCUCGUGUAUGCCGGAGUAUGUAUCAGCCUCCGUGUUUCAGGACCGCGUCAAAGGGAAAGGAAAGGGCAAGGAGAUUGUGUAUCGGUACGAGGGUGAGGUAUUGAACCGCGGGGAGUGGAUCCCUGUACCAGGACAUGGAGAUCUCUGGAUACGAGAGCCAGAAAUUCCCGAGAAGCCUCCAGAUCCGCGUCUUAACUCUAAUGUUAAGCGACGGCCGCCGCGUGAAGAGCUAGGAUACGUUACGUAUGAGGUACGGAUUUUCAACUAUUGGUAUAGUUAUCACUAACUGGUUCUGUAGUAUGAACAAGGGAUAUCAACGACUCCUCCGCCUCCCACUGCUCUAUUACUAACAAACUUAUCACCUCUAA